UAAUUAGUUUUAUUCCGUUUGUUAAACUAAGCGCACAUUCGUUUUCUUAAAAUUAUCUCUAUGUACCUAUCAUCGACGUUCUUAAGCUGAAAUUGGAAUUUUGAAUUGUUAUCUAUUAUUAAACACUGACCAGUGCCGAAAUUGUAUACGAUGAUAAACUUAUCUCUCAUUGGGAUCACCCUAGUCUUACUUAUCAGUUUGAUAUCAUUGACCAUUGGACAAAAUAUUACUAAGGUACCAUGUACUACACCUGAUAUGGAAAAAGGAAUUUGCAUUCAUCUGGAUCAAUGCAUAUAUUUGCUUAACAUGAUGAUGCAGAAACCACUACCAGUUGCAGACAGAGAUUUUCUUAAAAAUAGUCAAUGUAGUUUUACUAAUGGAAAAGUUUUCGUAUGUUGUUUAGAGGAUAAAAUUGAUGUUCAAAUAUGGUCAAUAUUUAAUACAAGGGAAACAAAAAAAAUAAGAGAAUCACUUCCUGAACCCAGUUCCUGUGUUAGUCAGAUUGGAAAUCGAAUCUAUGGUGGCAACGUUACGGAAAUAAGAGAACACCCAUCCAUGGUCUUAAUUGAAUAUAAUAAAGGUGGAAUAACCAACGAACAUCAUUGUGGUGGAAGUUUAAUCAAUGAUCGUUACGUUUUGACAGCAGCUCAUUGUAUUAUCGGUUUACCGGAUUUAUGGAAACCAACUCGAGUUCGUUUAGGCGAAUGGAACACUACAACAAAUCCUGAUUGUCAAAAAUACAAUCUUGGCGCUGAGAUCUGUGCUGAUCCUCAUGUUGAUGUAACAAUCGAGAAAGCAAUACCUCACGAAAAAUAUGUAUCUUUAUCACCAACUCAACCCAACGAUAUUGCGUUGUUACGUUUAUCACGUAGCAUAAAAUAUAGCGACUUCAUAAAGCCAAUUUGCUUGCCGAUUGCAGAUCAUCUUAGGCAAGCAACUUUCGAUGGUCAAUUAAUGCAGGUUUCCGGUUGGGGAAGUACACAGAACGCAACGCGAAGUAAAGUUAAAUUACAAGCCCAUGUUUCGGUUUUAUCAUUGAGUAAGUGCCAGAGUGUUUAUACUUCACCUGCUUAUAAUAUACGAAAUUCACAAAUAUGUGCUGGUGGUGAGAAGGGUAUAGACUCGUGUGAAGGUGAUUCGGGUGGACCACUUAUUGGAUUUGAUACAUCAAAUAAAGGUAUCCAGCACCAGUUUAUUGCUGGAGUGGUUUCCUUCGGCCCGACUCCGUGUGGAUUUGAAGGUUGGCCAGGGGUCUAUACGAGAGUUGGUGCUUAUAUUGAUUGGAUUCUGGAGCAUAUGGAGCCGUAGUUGUAUUUAUUAUGUACUUUGAGAAUAAAAUAACAGAAAGGUUUAAAGUAAAACAAA